AUGUCGUUACAAGAGCCGUCCUCCUCCUCGAAACAUUUGGAAGAUAGUUCAGUCUCGCGUGAGUCGCAGUCUCAUGAUGAAUUUGGAUCUUCCACCUCAAAGUCCACGAUGGAUUAUGAUCCCCAAGGAUCUCCAGUUCAAUAUGAUGCUGGGUUGCAGGAUGAAGUAGAUUGCGAUGUCUUAUCAAAAAUAGAGAGUGAUGUUAACUUGUCAAGAGAGCUCUCACGGAAACUGACCAACGCUUUUGCCGUGGAACAAGACACUGACACGUUGGCCCCUCUCCUUCCGAUGGGGAACGGCAGACCUUACCCCCCGCAAGCUCCCGACAGGGAACAGUACACAGUUGCAUUCGACGGCCCAAACGAUCCAUUGUUUCCUCAAAAUUGGGCCACGGGGAAAAAGAUUAGAAUGUGUUUGUUAAUCGGCCUCAAUGCAUUCUGCGUUGCUUUUGGUUCUGCCGUGUUCUCCCCUGCUAUACCCUAUAUAAGUGCUCAAUACGGAGUGAUUAAUGUCGUCUCCACUCUAAGUGUGUCCUUGUUCGUCAUUGGGUUUGCUACUGGUCCAGUUGUUUGGGCCCCUCUUUCAGAGUUGUAUGGUAGAAAACCUGUCUUGUUUGUGUCCUCCUUGGGAUUCAUGUUAUUCAGUUUUGCCGUAGCCACCGCUCAAGAUAUCCAGACCAUUAUGAUCUGCCGAUUUUUCACUGGUGCCAUAGGCUCAGGUCCCAUGGUGGUAGUUCCGGCUGGUUUCGCUGAUAUGUUUGGUAGUGGUAGUAGGGGUAUUGCCAUUACGAUAUUUGGUAUGACUAUCUUUUGUGGUCCAUUGUUGGCCCCUAUCAUUGGCGCAUUUAUUGCCAAGUCAUAUUUGGGAUGGAGAUGGAUCGAAUACAUUCUGGGUAUGUUGGGCGCAGCUGGUUUUAUCUCUGUGUUUUUCUAUGAGGAAACGCACCAUCCCAUCAUUCUCGUUAACAAAGCGGUCACGUUGAGAAGACGAACUGGAAACUGGAUGAUUCAAGCCCCUCAUGAGGAAGUCACCCUUUCAAUCAAGGAAAUCUGUGAAAAGAACAUUACUAGACCAUUGAAAAUGCUGUUCACUGAACCAAUUUUGCUGCUGAUCUCCAUUUACACUGCAUUUAUAUACGGAAUCUUGUAUUUAUUCCUUACAGCAUACCCAUUGGUAUUUAACAAAGGGUACCAUAUGACUCAAGGUGUGGCUGAGCUGCCUUACUUUGGACUGAUCAUCGGACAACUUUUGGGAGGUGCCUUCCUUAUCUGGUAUGAAUUGAGUUACAAUCGCAAAAUUGAAAGAUCGGGUAUAAAACGUACUCCCGAAGCUCGUUUGGUGCCUUCAAUCGUAGGCGGUAUUGCAUUUCCAAUUGGACUGUUGUGGUUCUGUUGGUCAGGUUAUUACGCAGAUGAAGUACAUUGGAUUGUUCCAACACUGUCCGGAUUGUUCUCUGGAUUUGGAUUGAUCACAAUUUUCAACCAAUGCUUGAAUUACCUGGUUGACGCAUAUUUAGUGUUUGCUGCUUCAGCCAUGGCAGCCAACACGUUCUUAAGAUCAUCAUUUGGAGCCUGUUUCCCACUGUUUGCAGGCUACAUGUUUGAAGCUAUGGGCAUAAAUUGGGCAGGUCUUUUGAUAGGAUUAUUCGCGGCAUGUUUGAUCCCUUUACCCAUCAUCUUUUACUUCUACGGAGAAAGAAUUCGGCACAAGUCCAAAUAUGCUUUCGUCUAUUGA